AUUUUUUUUUUUUUUUGAUCUCGAUAUUUUUCUCGAAGUCGCUUGUGUUUUUUUUAAAGCUGGUAGUUUUUCUUAGAUUUAAUACGUUUCUUAGUGUCUAUCUUAAAGAUGUUAGUUACAGAAUUAAAUGUAGAAACUGAACUUUUUCAUGGAAUUCCUCUUACCAAAAAAAUGCGCGACGAAUCGCAAUGUUCUGCUGAAAAUAGUCAUGUUUUGGAUAGUACAAUAAGAAAUUUAGAAUUAGAUGGUGUAAAAGAACUUUUCCAAGAUUAUGAUCUAAAAGAAACUGAAGAAGUUGCUUGUGUUAUCUGUGGUAAACACUAUAAAAGCAAGGUAUGUGUCAAAAAGCAUCUUUGGGAGCAUAGUAUAUACUGGGAUAUGUUUGACGGUUUAAAAAAACAACAAAGGGUUUUGUCAAUACAGGCAGCCAUUAUCCUCUCUAUCAAAUUCAAUCCAUCUUUAUCGCUACUUCUUGUUACGCAAUCAAGUAAUAAAAAAAAAUCUAUAGAUAAAUCAGGUGAAAAAGUCAUUGUAGAUAAAAACAAUCAACGAAAGAGAAAGUUAGAGAAUAUAACGACACAGACUUCAUUUCCUGUUUCAACUAAUUAUAAGCCUACUUUGCAAGCAAUACCAUCUCUGGAUAUUACCUGCGUAUAAUGUGACUCUACUUAUCGGACAAAAAAUAUUUUGUAGAACGUCUUUUUUGACCGUUUUAGAGAGGAAUUUUAGCUUAUAGACAAUUAAAAACCAUCUGAGAAGUUGACAGUCUCUCUUAAUGACACGAGAAACUAGUCAUAACGUGAAUGGUCUCAAUAAUCCCGCAGAACUAAAAAUCUUUUUAUCGGGUGUUACGCUUCGAAUGUGUAUUACGAAAUUCUGCAUGGUUAUUUGAUCUUCAUGGUUUGGUGUGCGCGUUCAACAGUCAGGGUAUUUCUUGCAUCGCGCUAUUGCCUUCAAAUUAACGCUAGUCUUGAUAUAUAAAAAUGUAUCUAAAGAACCAUUGUUAAUAACUGUGAAAACACUUUUUAUAUUAAAAUUAAUUAUAUUCAAAAUUAAUGUAUAUUUUAGCUUGCUA